CACACGCUGAGGCGGUUCCUGCCAAGUCACCCGGAAGUUAAAAACCUGCCAGUAUCAAAUACGGCCGCCGGUGGCCACCAUGCUUCAUACUGGCAGGAACGAAACGAGCGGAAGUCUGGAGAGGCAGCUGAACAGAGACCAAGUUCAUCAGAGAAUCAUGCAAGAUCACAUCCAGAAAUCCGGCGGGAGGAACCGCUCCGACAACACUAGCCCCCGCAAGAGGGAAUACCGCCAGGAGCAAGGCUCGGGGCCCAGCGCCAACAACCACCAUCACCAGCAGCAGCAGCAGCAGCAGGCCUCCAGACAUGGCGAUCGGGCCGCAACCGGGCCCGGAAUCACCGUCGACAUGACUAACUUCCGCAAGCCCGGCGAGAAGACCUACACACAGCGCUGCCGCCUUUUCGUAGGUAAUCUGCCCAACGAUGUGACCGACGACGAGUUCAAGAAGAUGUUCGAUAAGUACGGCGAGCCGUCCGAGAUAUUCAUCAACAAGGAUAAAGGUUUUGGUUUCAUCCGACUGGAAACCAGAACAUUGGCAGAAAUUGCCAAGGCAGAACUUGAUGAUACUACACUUAGAGGGAGGCAGAUAAGGAUUCGAUUUGCAACACAUGGUGCUGCUCUGACAGUGAAGAAUCUUCCUCAGUUUGUAUCAAAUGAGUUAUUGGACGAGGCUUUUUCUAUCUUUGGACCAGUGGAAAGAGCAGUGGUGAUCGUAGAUGAUCGUGGGAAACCGACUGGAAAAGGCAUCGUAGAGUUUGCUGCCAAACCAGCAGCACGCAAAGCUUUGGACAGAUGCACAGAUGGUGCAUUCUUGCUGACAGCGUUUCCAAGACCUGUGACUGUUGAACCUUUUGAACAGUAUGAUGAUGAAGAUGGACUUCAAGAGAAACUGGUUCAGAAAAACCAACAUUAUCACAAGGAGCGAGAACAACCACCAAGAUUUGCCCAGCAUGGGACAUUUGAGUAUGAAUAUGCCAUGAGAUGGAAAGCUCUGCUUGAAAUGGAGAAACAACAACAAGAGCAAGUGGAUAGAAAUGUGAAAGAAGCGCGAGAAAAGUUGGAAGUAGAAUUGGAAGCUGCACGUCAUGAGCAUCAAGUCAUGUUGAUGAGGCAAGAUUUAAUGAGACGUCAAGAAGAACUGAGGCGAAUGGAAGAACUACAUAAUCAGGAAGUGCAGAAAAGAAAGCAGUUGGAACUGAGGCAAGAAGAAGAACGUAGAAGACGUGAAGAAGAAAUUUUGCUGCGUCAGCGAGAGAAAGAAGAAAUGAUGCGAAGACAACAGGAAGGCUUUAGAGGAAACUUUGAAAAUAGAGAGAAUAUGAGGAUGGAGGAAAUGGCACAACGUACUGGGAUGGCCAUGCCAGGCAUUCCAGGACUAGCUGCACCUCCCGUCAAGCUGUUCCAGAACAGUAAGAAUGCUGGCUCUGAUCCGACAAUGGAAAAUUGCCCAGUGGGACUAACUGCAGCUGAUUUCUCAGAUCUGAAAGCAGUGGGACUAACUGCAGCUGAUUACUCAAAUCUGAAAGCAGCUUCUGCAAGCCAAGUUCCUCAGCCGCUUAUGGGAAUGAACAGGCCCACUGUGAAUACUAAUGCACCACCACCUCAAGGUCCACCUGGAAGCCUAGGAAAUCAAAUGCCAGAAAGCAACAUUGGAUUGCCUAAUGAUCGAUUUGUUCCUGGAAAUAUGGAUGGUCAAGCAAAUAACAUGGGUGGACCGAUGGUUGGGAGCCCGGCUGGGUUUCCCCGUGGAAAUCAAGUUGGAGAGUUUGGUGCAAAUAAACGCCGUAGAUACUAAACACAGAUCUGAAAAUAUCCAGUAGCCUUUAGCCAUUCCACUUAUUGCCUCAAGUUUUUUUUGCAGAUUGUAUCAGUUGUAAUGAGCUUUAGUACAUAAGGUCUUUUUGGUAUUUUACUGUUUCAAAUAUUACUUCAACUUCCUGUUGGAUGUAUUUAGUAAAUGUGCAUGAUAUGUUUCAGUAAUCUAAAAUGUACAUAAUGUAAUGCACAAGUUGCAGAGAAUUUGGACAAAAAGUCUCUCCGAGAUGUUACUUUUGAUAUUUGUUUAGCUACUCUAGUACCAUCUUCAAUGAAACAGCCUUCUGGAACGAUUUUGUCUUUUGUGAUUUUUGUUUUUUUAAGUGAUUUCAGACAGUAAAAUUGGAAUCUCAAAUGGCCUAUGUGUUUUUAUUUUGUAUUGCUGUAGGCUUUUUGUUGAUAUGCUUGGAAUUUUAAAUAUAGAUGGGGAUUGGGAUGAGGAAAUGUAGGCAAUAGGUGGGUUUGCAUUUGAGUUUGGUGGAAUGGGCUUAAGCUUUUUUGACAUGGAAUAGAUAAGAAUUGAGGUUCAUUGAUCAUAUCAUGCUGUGUUGGCCUUUUAAGGAUAUUGUGUAUUCUGGUUUUGGUAGUUCAAAAGCUCAAUAUUUCUAACUACUGACAAUAUUUAACAGGAAUAACUUGUAUUUGUGGGAUGGGGCAUUAGAAUUAAAAUUCACCGGGUCUCUGGAACAUAUACCUGGCUUGCAGGAAAAUAAAUCAAAUAUAAACCCACCUUUUUGAACUUGAUGAAACCCUUGAGCUUGUUCACGGAUGCUUGGUAUACGUUGCAAUACACGCUUUAAGAUGCAAAUAAAGUUCUCGGCAAUC